CUUCUGAAGUCUGUUUGUGUGUGUGGCUGGUGUUUCGGAAAUUAAAUGAAUUUACUUUUUUGUCUUAAUCAUAUUUUACGCUAACCCGUGUGAGAAUCCUGUUUGUUUCUUUUUCUUUUUAAAAAUUGAAUUUCAAUUUUAUUUUCAUUUAGUAUAAAACUAAUGAACUCAUAAUAAAUACAAACUUAAACCUACUGCAAAAUAUCAAAGCCGAAAGUUGAAGCACCAUCAGUUAGCGGCAGCAGAAGGAGGAGGACUAGAAAAAGAUUUUUUUUGUAAAUUUUAUUGAAACAAGAUUGUAAAAAUCUCAUUCUUAAUUGUUUUAGAAAUUAAUUAUUUGAUUUGAUUCUUGGAAUCGAAGAAAGGCAUCAGGAUAUUGAUAUUUUAUUUGGUUUCUUUGUCGAGCCGAUUUUCUGUAAACGGUAUGUGUUCACCCUGCUAUCCGGAGUUUGUCCCUAUACUUAACUGUAAAAAGCAAAACAAAAACAUUUUUAAUUAAUAAAUUCGUGUAAUGUUUAUUUUUCUGUGCUCUCCCAUAAAAUCUUAUUCAAGAGGAAAACAAGAUAGAAAAGAAAAGUUUUAGUUUGUGGUUUUUUCUACUUAGAACUAAUAGAGGAGCACCUAAAUACUAGGAUUUGUAUUCACGAUUGCAAAUUUUCAAGACACAAGACAAAUAAAUAUUAAGAGGAUUGGCAUAAAUGGCAAAGGAUCGCCCAGGCUGUACAUUUUGUUGUCGGUGAAGGGACGUAGCGAAAAACUGUAGAAACGUAAGGUUUCUUAAAGAACAGCACUAGUUUUUACGAGAACAUCAUAUAAAAUCAUGGCUGGGGCUCAGAAUAGUAGUGAUUCGGUGAAAGCAGAACGUGAAUUAAGUAAUUCGUCCUGCGAUAAUAGUUUACAUUCUUAUGAUUCCGAUAAGAAUGAUCCUUUUGGAAAUGAAAACACUCACGGUACAGCUCGAUAUGUUGGGGUCGUUGGAUGCAGCUCUGGAGAUUUGGGAGGGGUUGGAGGUAAUAUGGGCGGUACAAGUGGCCUCGCCAGCAAAUUUGAUUUUCUUACUAUGAAAGCCGCAAAUAAUCAGAAAUCCUCCCGAACAGACAUGCCUCGAAGUGAAUUGAUAAAAAUGCUCGUUUACCUCGAAGGAGAGCUACAAGCUCGUGAAGUGGUGAUAGCAGCAUUGCGAAACGAACGUGUUAAACACUUUAUUACCCAUCUUCGUUCGAAUCCUAUUCAACAUACUGAUCCGCAUGCUGCACUGUUUCGUGAUAAGAUCGCUUUGGGUGGAAACUUAAUAAGCCGUCAAUCAUCAACAGCAGCAGUGCAAGCUGAUAUGGAAGUCCGAGUUAUUAUCGAACAGCAAAUGGAAUCGCUCUACCAGAUGGUCCAUAAGCAACGAGCCACGCACGUUCGAAUGGUGAGCAUAUUGACUGAUUCGUUGGACAAUAAUCAGAGAAUGUUGCAAGAACUCGAAGAAGAGAAACGCAAACAUGAACAUGAUACCGCUCAGGGUGAUGAUAUAACGUAUGGCUUGGAAAUGGAACGAACCAAACUGAAACAAGAACUUGAAGCGGAGCGAACACAAUCUAAGAAACUGGAAAAAGAUAUAAAGAAGCUACAAGAGACGCUGGAAUUUGAACGUGGUCGCCAGAAGCAAAUUGUAUUGUUAUUGAUAGCCGAACGAAAGAAGAUAUUAAUGAAAUACACGGAAGAGGGUAAGCGUUCUGAGGAUUUGGCUCAGAUAUUAAGUGAGGAGAAACAACGUUCGGAUUCUUUAGCGGAGGGAUUAGAGGAGGAGAGUAAGAAGUCACUCCGUAUGGAAGCCGAAUUGGAAAAGCAAUCAAAAUCAUUCGAAAACGAACGCAAAACUAUGAGGCUGGCACUCGUUAAGGAGGAAAAAAGAAUAAAAGAACUUGAAACAGAAGUUGCUCUUUUGAAGGGUGAAAAUGAAGUGCUAAAGAAGACAAACAUUUUGCCACAGCGAAUGCAAACAAUACAAAGUGUUCCUGUCCCAAAUGUUUCAGCCAAAUCAAAGACAUUGGGAGAUGACUCAUGUGGAACUCCAUCAUCUCUUGUUAAUAUAGCAAAAAUAGUUCAACCAACUGCAACAGUAUCCAGUGUUCCAGUAUCUGGCCCAACAACUGGAAUUGCAAGGUCUAUAUCGUCUAGUCAGACUCUAAGGGCGGCCAAUGUUAUAAUAAUUGAAGAUUCCAAUACUGGUUCUACGCAGCAGCCACCACCUAAGCAAGGAACAACCACCAGUGUGCUAGGGGUUUUGCCACCUGUCAGUCAUCGCACUCCAUUAGCAUCUGUUACAUCUUCUUCAGUUCAGUUGACACAGUCAAUCCAACAACAGCAGCAAUCGCCGCAACAACAGCAGCUACAUACCAUCACGUCACCCAUACUCGCAGCAGCUAUGGCCAAUGCAACUUGUUCGAUUCAAGCAACUGCCCACAAUCCGGGAGCAUCAGCAGUAACACCUUUAAUUACUGGGCAACCAGCGGCAUCACAAAAUUUAGUUGCUGUUCCCAUUAAUAAUAUAAUAGCUAGCGUGACGGUAGCACCAUUACCAAUAUCAUCUAGUGCAAUAGUGGGAACAAGAGGCGUCCCUCCACCUAUUCCGCCAAAUAAACCUGUUGUUCCACCAAAACGUGAACCCUCAAUAUCUCGAACUGGUUCAUUGGCAGCUAAUAACAGUAAAUAAAAAAUAAAUAUACAAAUAAUUUACUUAAGAUAUAGAAAGAGUGUAAACAAUUAAGUCAGAUUUUACAUAAGAACUUAUAUAUAUAUAUAUUAUACAAAUUAAUUUAACAUACUACAAACAAACAAAAGGAUUUAGAAUUUUUUGCGCUUUAAGAAAUAUGAGGCUUUUAAAAUAAACAACCGCUUUCAUUUAAAACACUAGCAGCCUUAUUCAUUAAAAUUUGCCAAAGAUGAAUAGUUUCAUAAAUAGUUAUUUAAAAAAAUGUCACAAAAUUACUAAAAAGAAGAAUGUAUUACAUUAUCAUGUCAUAAGAAUAUAGCUUGCCACCAUCUUUCUUGUCCAAUCACUGGACCGCUUAAGGGUACCGAGUGUUUUAAGGAUUGAAAAAAAUUAAAAGCCAAAAGAAUCCAAAACAUUUUAGUUUUUUUUUUUUUUGUAUGAGAUUAGUUUUUACUUCGGUAUUAUAUUCUUUUUUUUUAAACUAAAUGGGAGCAAAUUUUAAUCAAUUUAAAAAAAAUAUUUAUUAUCAUAUAAAAUUCAAAUUUCGGUAUUAAACAAAUUUUAUUUAGGUACUAUUCAACCUCUAAAGGCGUUUGGCUUAUAAUGUUUCUAUGAAAUAUUGCACAUAUAAGACAACGUCUAGUGCGUUUAUUAAUAAGGCUGCACAUUCACACACUUUGCUAAUGUAUGUUGGUGUUUAAAAGCUAAUGUCAUCACCCAAACGAAGCGAACAUUGUUAUUGUAAACUAUAUUUCACUAUCAUUCGCCCUUCAAAUUCAAAAACUAUGCCCAAUCGCGACUGUAUUUGAAUUUGAAGAAAAACAAAAAUGCUAGUAACUGACUCAAAUCAUUUAUUCCAUUAAUCCUUAUUUGUGUUUUAUAUUUUGUGAUGUAACAUUACUUAUAAACAAAACAUUAAAUACAAUCUUAAAAAAAAAAAACACAUCUGCCUAAAUUAUGUUAAAUAAAAAAUAUUAAGCAAAUACAUUAAUUACGAAAUAGAAUAAAUAAUUCAUUUGUGCAAGUGAUUAAUAAACCUGUAUGAACAUAUAAAUACAAAAGUAUAAUUAUAAAAAUAUAGUAAUAAUAAAAGCAUACCACUCACAAACUUUUUGCAACCAACAAAAAACAACUUUUGUGAGUAGGGGUUCGAAAAUCUGUGUUUCAAAAUUCCCUAUGAUCAACAUUUUAUGUCAUGCUGUUUGGCGGUAAUGCUGCAUGACUCAAAUUGUUUCAUUUUCAAAAUUGCCUUCGUAAUUUUACCAUCGUCGAAAUGUAACAAAAAGAGUAAACAUUACAUCUAAGAUCUUAAAUGCGAACAAGAUGUUUUGGGAUCGACCAAAAAGAAAUUCAUGUGUUAAAAUAUGAGUGAGAUACAGCAUUUCGAUCCCAACACUCCUUCAUCAACAGCUUCUUCAGUUCCCUUAGUCUUAAAUUAAAAAUAUAAACACUAAACAACCAACAAUAGAUUUGAUUUUGAAAUAACUACUCAUUUAUUUUAUUUGAAUUUUAAACUUAAUUUACGGUUGAUUUACAUGUUGCUGCCAACACAAUUUCGUAAAAAACUAGAGCGGGUUAAACGCAGUCUCUCGGUUGAAUAUGAAAAGCAGUGCCUCCGCGAAGAUAAAACUCUUUCGUCUUCAAAACUGGCACUUCCCAUAAAUAUUCAUUCGGGAACAUCUUUUGUGUUUUGAUCUUCUAUCCAUAUCAAAAAAAAUAGUAAUCAACUUCUCUUUGAAGUAAGGAAAUCUUGAUACAUGUUAAUCCAGCAGACAUGCAUUUUUGACUUUAUUUUAUCCGCAAAUAAUUUUACCUUUGAUACAAAAUUGAAGAAAACAAUGAAACAACUUUUACAAGUCAGAUUGUGCUUGGUAUUCACUCUUAAUCAGUUUUGUUUUAAUUUAAUAAAUAUAACUUAUUAAACUUUCCAGAAUUAAAUUUAAGUAUUUUUUUUGUUCAAGUUUUGAAUUAUUUAUUUUAAAAUAAAAAAGUUCUAUUUUUAA